GGGAGAGAGUGCCGAGAGCCCUCGCGGAGGAGCGCAACGUGAACGUCUCCUGUGUUCUCCUCUUCUAGCCGUCUCAGCCCCUCGUCUUCCCUCAUGCCGUUCCCUUGCUGCUCAAGCGCCGUUCAAAGCGUGGAGCUGACGCACUCCCUCCUCUCCUACCCACGACACACACUAUGUGCCCUCAGUGGAGGCGCAGAUGCCGUCACGCCCGAGGAGCGCUCCACGACGGGCUGGGGCCCCAACCGUCGUUCUUCGCAGUUCAACGAGCACGUGUCUCCUCUUCAAGGUCCUCUUCCUCUUCCGCCUCCUCCACCUCCGCCUCCUCCUUGUCUGCUCCGUCGCCGCCGCGUCGGCGCAAGCUGCCCGACCUGCCCGGCGGCACGCUGGAGCACUUCCUGAUGCGCAACCGCGGCAUCUCGCUCUACCGCAGCUUCCUGCGCGCCACGCGCAACAUCCCCAACCCGCAGGCGCGCUUCGAGACGGUGCAGUGGCUGCGCGAUGACUUCGAGAGAGCCAGAGGAGUCACUGAUCUGCAAAAGCUGCAUGACCUCCUGAUGGGCGGCCACGUGCAGCUGAAGCGCAUGCACGGCCCCAUGGAGCUCGUCUCGGCCUCGGAGGUCGGCGGGCCCGCACACGGCUCGUUUGCGCCGUUGCGGGGAGCGCGGAGCUUCAAGUGAAGGGAGCGCGAGGGACGUCAAGCUAGGAGCAGUAGAGACGGAGAGCGGAGAGCGUGAAUCGUUGCUAAUUGCAUUGAGCCGUAUCUUCGUGAGCGUGAGGGUAUGGCAGACCGAGCGAGGCAGAGUGCGAGGGCGCCGGGAGAGAGGCGACCAUGAAAUGUGAGGGGAGCGAGGUCGAGAACGUGGCAAUGUGCGGUGGCCGCGAGGAGAAGCUGUAGGAUUGAUCGCAAGGUCUUGACGUCGACGCAAGACGUGGAGGGGAAAGGCGGUCUAUCUGCGUUUGCCAACGAGUGCGGCCAA